AUGGGAGAGUUCCUAACUUCUACCUCAUCUGGAAAUCCUUAUGAAAUUUUAUGGAAGAAAUUGUGGAACACAAAAGUUCCUGGGAAAGUGAAAAUAUGUAUGUGGAAGGCUGCAAACAAUAUACUGCCUACUCGAGAAAGUUUAAGUCAUAAGGGAUAUACUGGUCCCCUCAAUUGUUUGUUAUGCAGUGAAGCUGUGGAAACUAAAAGUCAUGUGCUAUGCAAUUGUCCUAUGGCGCAAGAAGCAAUUGGAGCAGCAAAUAUUCCAGUUGCUAGUGUUUUACCAGGAAGUUUCAAGGAGUGGUUUUUGCGUCAGAGCCACCAUCUCAACAAGGACAAUUGGGAGAAGCUACUUAUGCUACUGUGGGCACUAUGGAAGAACAGAAACAUCAAGUUGUGGAAUGAUACUUCCAAAAAUGCACAAGAGAUUGUUGUUGCCACUUUCACUUGGUAUGCACAAUUUCUACAAGUGCAGAAGAUACAGCCACAAAACAAUGCAGCCAAACUGGGUAAAAAUUGGACUCCACCAUCAAGUCACCAGCUCAAAAUCAGUGUUGAUGGAGCUUUCUUGCCUUCUAAUGAUAUUGGAGGUAUUGGUGGAGUAAUCAGGAGAAGUGAUGGCUCUUUUCUGGCUACUUUUUUGAAGUGUGUACAACAUGUUUCAUCUCCAAAGCAGGUAGAGCUGCUAGCAAUUAGAGAGGGCAUCGAGUUUCUACAGCAGAGGGGCCUUCAAGAUGCUUGCCUUGAAAGUGACUGCCAGGUUGCCAUACAAGAGAUUGAAGAAGAUUUUGAUCUCAAUGAAAAUGCCAAUUAG